AUGGGGCUACUCGCAGUUGGGACACCGCUGGACUGGCCCGAAGCGAAGAAAGCCGCAAGCCAUGUGCGCGAGUGGGGGAUCGAGCAAUUGCUGGAGAUAUGGAAUCGCAGCAAAGGCAAAGAACGUGAUGCGCUGCUGUGGGGAGAUGAGAUCGAGUAUCUUGUGGUGGCCUUCAACGACGACAAGAGGGAGGUCAAGCUCUCACUGCGGCAAGCGGAUAUCCUUGAGGCCUUGGCAAGUGACCCGGAGCUGAUCCAGCAGGGUGGAGGRGUUCCCGACCUGGUCAGAGGCGAGGAGAAGCCUGGUAGAAGAACAGCACCGACUUUCCAUCCUGAAUUUGGUCGCUUCAUGCUCGAAGCCACGCCGGGAAAGCCAUGGGGAAUAGGCUUCAAAGACCUGCUCGACGUAGAGCAAGACAUGAAGUGGAGKCGGAAAAUUGCAAAAGAACACAUCUACGACAAUGAAUUUCCGAUCACUUUGACCACCUUUCCCAUGCUGGGCGACAGAAAGUCCAUCACACCAUACUUUCCCCCCUCCGGCCCAAAGCUAAGAUCGCAAUUCGUGCCCGACGAGAUUGCCAACCCACAUAUUCGAUUCCCAACCCUGGCAGCUAACAUCCGCCUGCGGCGCGGUCGCAAAGUAGAGCUGAAUGUUCCAGUGUUCCACGACGAGAAGACUCAGAAACCAUGGAAAGACCCUACCGUGGACUAUGAGAUGAAAAACUGGCCCGAGGACGACGAUGUUCGGAACGGUGCUGCAAAGGAUGAUUGCAUCUACAUGGACGCCAUGGCAUUCGGCAUGGGAUCAUGUUGUCUGCAAAUCACCUUCCAAGCGAAGAACAUUGCUGAGGGGAGGACCAUGUAUGAUCAACUUUCACCACUUGGACCUGUGCUGCUCGCACUCACUGCUGCCACUCCAAUCUACAAAGGUUUCUUGGCAGACACAGACGUGCGAUGGAAUCAGAUCGGUGGAGCUGUAGACGACCGCACUCGCGAGGAGCUCGGCGAGGUUCCUCUCAAGAACGAUCGGUGGCGCCUGCCAAAGUCUCGUUAUGCCAGCAACAGCACCUAUAUCUCUCAAGACUCACGCCUGCGACCGGCAUACCUCGAUCCGGAUCUUGUCGUUGACGAGAAGCUCAAAGCGAGACUUGUCGAAGGUGGUAUGGAUGACAUACUAGCAACUCACUUUGCGCAUCUGUUCAUCCGCGAUCCGAUUGUCGUGUUUGCAGAGGACCUGCAGGAGCUUGACCUGAACAAGACAGACCAUUUCGAGAAUCUGCAGAGCACGAAUUGGCAGCAUAUGCGGUUCAAACCGCCUCCGCCUGGUAACGAUAUUGGCUGGCGCGUUGAAGUUCGUCCAAUGGAGAUUCAAAUCACCGACUUUGAAAAUGCUGCAUUCUCAGUAUUUGUGGUGCUCAUCACUCGGGCGAUAUUGAGCUUUGAUCUCAACUUCUACCUGCCGAUCCCUCGCACGACAGAGAAUAUGGAGACAGCCCACCGGAGAGAUGCAGUGCUGAACGAGAAAUUCUACUUCCGAAAGAAUCCUUUUCCCCGGCGGCAACCUCGUACCAACGGAGCAUCCGCAGCGGGAUCAAUCAGCAACACACCUCAGUCAAGCCGACCGCCAAGCCCAGGCCCAGUAGAAGACGAGUAUGAACUCAUGAGCGUGAAUGAGAUUAUCAACGGCAAGACAAAUGGCUUCCCGGGAUUGAUCCCGCUGGUCGAAUCAUAUCUGGACAGCCUUAAUGUCGAUGUCGAGACGAGGUGCGAACUGGCACAGUACCUAGCACUCAUUCGCGGCCGAGCCAACGGUACAUUGUGGACAGCGGCCAAGUGGAUCCGCCACUACGUUCGCGAGCACGACGAGUACAAAAUGGACAGUGUGGUCACGGAUGGUAUGGCCUAUGACCUGGUCAGGGCCACCGAGCGAAUCACAAUGAAUGAAGGGCGCGACGGAUUUGCAAAGGAGAUGUUAGGGAGCCGUGAGCAAUAG